AACCUAGCAGGCUGGUAAAGGAGGCAUUAGCGCUUCGGUGGAUAUUUUAGCUACUUCUAGCUACUUUUACUCGCCGACAUUUGGCAACACUGUCGAGCAACUACGCUGACAUGCUUUAACAUUUUUGUUUUUUUACUUCCUCCAUGUUUUUGAAAGUGACGGGCGUCCAGCAGAAGACCAGCUAGCAAAGUUUCGUUUUCUGGAACGAAAUAACGACAGUAUUCUCAUAUGUAACCAUUGUCGUGGGAACAUCUAGGCACCACACGCUAUCGGCGCAAACCGCACGCAGAUCAGAUCUGCAGGCAGCUCCUCUGAAAAAGCAAGAAUAGAGGAGGAGGGCUGUAAACUACUUGCGAGUACUUGCACUGCUACAAUGAGACGGGCGGAAGGGGCAUACAGCUAUUCAGAGGCACUGAAAGGUGAAAGAUGUGUUCCACUUCAUGGUGGCACUGAUGAGACAAACCUGCAUCCACUGCAUAUUGAGCCCAGAUGUGAUACAGCUGUGCAGGAGGUCACGGAGCAAGUGCUGCAGCAUCCACCAGCGGCAGACUUUUUCGACCUGCAGCGGCGGCUAGAAAGGGUUGAUCCUUUUGCUGACACUACUGUGACAUCGUUUAGCUCUGAGGCCUGCUCACAAAGGAGCAAGAGCGAAGCUCAGAUUAUGAAGAUAGUUCAGAUGGUGAAAAGAAGAUUGCCAGAACGGGAGGAGCAGGAGAUCCACAGACACGUGGUUGACCUACGCAGGUUGCAGGGUGGCUUCUCGCAUAUGACGUUGAAUGCCAUUGUCGCCCUUGUACUCAGCCACAUGAGGAACAUUGCAAACGAUGCGUCGUCUACAAUCAAGCCUGCUGCUUAAGUCAUCAUGCAGCUUGUACUUUGGCCACAUCCUUCUUGAAUUGUCUCUGCAGUGACCAAACAUUUGUUGAUGUUUGUUUUUACUGAACUCUCCUCAGAUGGGUUAUGUGACUGUGAUAUAUGCAUAUAGACUGUCUACUUUGGUGAAAACAUGCAAUAUAUGCCCAAGGUGCAUAUUUAUUGGAUCUGAAGUGUUGCUGCUGUAAUGAACCAUUGUUACCUUGAUGAUCUUAUCUAUGUUGCUUAGACAAUGGUGCCGCUACAAAAGUGUUUUCAAUUACAGAUGUUAGCGCUAUGUGUAUAGACAUGCAUGCUUGGUGUGAAUAAACAUUUUAAAGCAAA